UUCAGAGCGCGAAAGAAGGAAAAAAAUCGAAAAAAAAAAACACACAACGGAACCGCAACGGACCGCCUUGGAGGGGUCGGGGGGGUCCCGCGCUCCUUAUUGGUCAGGUGCGGCGGUUACAUCACUCCACGAUGAUGAUGAUGAUGAUGAUGAUGAUGAUGAUGAUGAUGUCGUCACGCGUCUUCCUCGCCUCCUUCGCGCGCGUCUUUAAGGGACGCGUCUCCUCGGCUCGCGGGCUUCAAGCGAACGAGGUCUUGUCCGCGCGCGACGCCGUCACAGACACGAGACUCUCUCUCUCGCUCUCUCCUUACUCGCUCUCUCACACUCCCUCGCUCUCGCCUUCCCCUCUCUCUCUCUCUCUCUCUCUCUCUCUCUCUCUCUCUCUCUCUCUCUCUCUCUCUCGCUCUCUCGCUCUCUCGCUCUCUCUCUCUCACGCGUCUCUCUCGCGCUCCGUCUUCACUGCUCCUCCGCUGCGCGUCACGGCACCCGGAGAAGAACGUCUCUCCGGUGUCCGGUCCCACGGAAGCGCUCGUGCCUCUCGGUUCUUCUUCGUCUCCACGGCGACGGGGAUUUUUUUUUGGGGAAAGCCACCGCUGAUACCGCGGACCGCCGAGGCAACACACCACCCCCACACACACACCUUCACACCCCUCAAAAGCCGCCCCCCAUCCCCUUCCCUCCCCUUCUCUACGAGGACCCCUCCGGCCGGACCGGGGCCCCGCCAUGCCCCAAUAGGUGCCCCACGUGAUGCCUGACAAUGACGGCGACCGCCUCCUGAGCAGACAGAGCAAGCGGCGCCGCGUCGACAUCGGGGUGAAGCGCACGACGACGGCGUUUACCGGCGCCCGGGAGUCCCUCGCCCUCUUCAACGUCAUGAGCCAAUCGCACAUGUCCUCCGAGCAAGACGCCGCAAACACUGCUGCCGCCGCGGUGGCUAACGGCGAGGCGGACAAGUCGAACGUACUCCGGAAGCUUCUGAAGAGGCACAACUCGUACGAGGACGCCAUGAUGGCGUUCCCGGGGGCGACCAUCAUCUCCCAGCUGCUGAAGAACAACAUGGGGAAGAACGGCGGUAACGACUCCGGCUUCCAGGGCAGCGGGACCCUCUCCAGCGGGGGGUCCGAGACCCAGAAUGACGACGUCUGCUCCAACCCCUCGUCCCAGGAACCGGACAGCCCGUCACGCUGCCUCUCUCUCUCCCCCUCCCUCGCCCCUCCUCUCUCCUCCUCCUCCUCCGCCUCCGCCUUCCCUCUCCCGGCUCCGCCCCCUCCUCCCACUCCGGCCCCGCCCCCGGCAUUGGCUCCGCCCCUCUGCGUCUUCGACCUUGAGAGGUUGUCGGACGAGCACCUGCGCGCCAAGCGAGCGCGAGUCGAAAACAUCAUCAGGGGCAUGAGCCACUCCCCGCUAGUGGCGGCGCGCUCUGGUGGUCCCCACGAGGAUGGCGGCAGGGGAGGCGGAGGAGGCGGUAACCAUGGCAGCCAUAGCAUCAACAACGGAGGAGGAGGCGGCGGCAUCGGAGGCGGGAACUUCGUCUCCGCCUUGCUGCGUUCUCCCGGGUCGCGACUGACCGGAGUCGGAAUUGGAGGAGGUGGAGGAGGAGGAGGAGCAGGAGGAGGAGGAGGAGCAGGAGGGGGAGGAGGAUCAGGAGGAGCAGGAGGAGAGGGAUACCGGGAGAACAAGCGGAAGCAACGCCUGCCCCAGCAGCAGCAACAGCAGCAGAGCUUCAGCCAGCUGGUUUGCUCUCGCCAGGAGCUCAGACAGGAGGAGAGACGGCAGCUCAAGCUGCAGCUGGAGGACAUGCAGAAACAGCUGCGCCAGCUGCAGGAGAAGUUCUACCAGAUCUACGACUCGGAGACAGAGGAGGAUGAGCACGAGGAGAAUGAGGAGCACCCGGGGAGCCGGUCGGAGCUGGAGGAGGAGGAGGAGGAGGAGGAGGAGGAGGAGGGCGUGGCAGAGGACGACGGCAAUCUCUCCGAAGCAGACAGCCUCCGAUCGGACGGACUGGAGGAGCGUCGCCAUGGCCAAAGCCACAGCCUCAGCAGCCGUCGCCACGACGAUCAGCCUGACAACCGAGGGGCGGAGCUUGACCCCGGCGUGUUUCUGGACCGCGCCCGCGCCAUCCUGAGGGGGAGGGCCCUAAUUGGCCCCGGGGGCCGGACGGGAUGGAGAUGGAGAUGAUGAUGGAGAUGGAAGGAGGAGGAGGAGGAGCUUGAGUACGAGGCCGCCGAAGAGGAGCGGAGCCCGAGGAAGAGGAGGGCGGCAGCCUCAGGAGGAGGAGGAGGUGGAGGAGGAGGUGGUGGGGGGGGAAGGCACCUAGCGGAGACCCUCAAGCAGGAGCUGAGCUGCGCCGUGUCGCAGGUGGUGGACAGCGUGGUCAAGCGGGCCCAGGGGGGGGGCGGGCGGCACGGUUGCCACGGCAACACGCCCACCUCCUCGGUCACGCCCUCAACGGCAACGGCAGCGCACCCCCUGUCCCAGCAGCCACCACCGCCGCCUCCCUCCCGCUCCUCCCACUCCUCCAUGUCCAACUCCUCCCCUUCCUGUGGCGGCGGAGGAGGGGCGGGGCUCUACGGCCCGCUCGCCGCCAUUGCGCCCGAGCUGCGAUUCGCCGGCGCUCUCGGCCUGGCCCUCAACGGGGGGGGGGGCGACCUCAGCCCCUCCCCCCGCCCACCCGGCGGCGGCUACCACCCCUCGUCCAAUCAGAGGCUGCACUGCUUCGGCGGCGCCGACACCCACGUCAUGCCGCUAGACUCCUCCCCCUUCGGCAUGGCUCCGCCCCCGAACGACCAGACGGAGGCGCUAUCACUGGUGGUGCGAAAGGGCGGAGUCGCCACAGACCACGCCCCCUCUCUGGCCCCGCCCCCCGCAACAAGCCCUGCCUCUCCCCACCACCAAAACCACCCCUCCUCGCUACACCAAUCCGCGCUCUCCGCCUCGCUCGGCUUUGGCCCCGCCUCCUUCCGCCACCCCUUCCUCUGGGGUACCCCUUUCAGGGGCCCCCUCGGAGUGGGUGGGCCCCAUCACCAUGGCUACCCGGGCCCCAAAGAACACCACAUGAGGACCUCCCCCGACGCCAUCGACCUCGUCCGCGAGACCGUCAGCCUGAGAUCCAAGAUGGCGGGAAUGAGCGGAGGCCAUCUUAACCACCAUCACCACCACCAUCAUCACAGGCAACAGCAGGGCUCCGGCUCCUCCCCUUCUGGUCACCAUGGCAACCAGGAGGGGCUGUCGUUGGCGCUUAUCAAGUCCGAGUGCGGAGACCUCCAGGAUCUGGCCGACAUCUCACCCUACUCCGGGAGUACCAUCCAGGAAGGACUCUCUCCCAAUCAUCUGAAGAAGGCCAAGCUCAUGUUCUUCUACACCCGGUACCCCUCCUCCAACAUGCUCAAGAUGUUCUUCUCCGAUGUCAAGAUUUAA